UGUUUGUUGUACUUCAUCACUUGCCUUGAUUUGUUUUUUCUGUUUAUGGGUUUCUGGACGUCAGACACGACGUUCCAUAAAAAUAAUUGUGGGGUGGGAACCUGGCUGGAUUGCUAAUAUCUACCUUUUUAAACAACGUUUCUGCAACGACUUCUAAUCGUCAGCUAGCUAUUAUCUGUUAUUCAAGUCACGACUCUUUUAGUUUUACUUUUCCAACUAACCAACCCACUGGGCCGGAAAUUAUUUGUACGAUGGGAAUCGUUGACAGAGAAGAAGAAGUUCAUCUUCACCAAUCUCUAUUAGCAGAAUCAUCAAGCAAAAACACUACUACUACUACCACCGAUGAUGAUCAACAAAAUACACACCUUUGGUCAAGAGUUUGGAUAGAAUCCAAGAAACUAUGGCGCGUGGUCGGUCCCGCCAUCAUCGGCCGUUUGUCUGCCUUCUCCAUGAUCGUCAUAACACAAGCCUUUGCCGGACACCUUGGUGUGGUUGAACUCGCUUCCAUUUCCAUUGCCAACAAUGUCAUUGUCGGCUUCACUUUUGGUCUCCUGUUAGGCAUGGCAAGCGCACUAGAGACACUAUGUGGGCAGGCUUUUGGGGCCAAGAGGCACCAUAUGUUGGGGAUAUACCUCCAAAGGUCAUGGAUUGUGUUGUUCCUAUGUUGCAUUCUGCUCUUGCCUAUAUACAUUUUCGCCUCUCCGAUUCUGAAACUAUUAGGACAGUCCGAUGACGUUGCAGAGAUGUCGGGAGUGGUGUCUUUGUGGCUUUUACCCAUGCACUUCAGCUAUGCGUUUCUUUUCCCAUUGCAGAGGUUCUUGCAGAGCCAGCUGAAGAACUUUGUGACUUUGUGGGUUGCCUUGGUGGUUUUGGUGUUUCAUGCCUUGAUAAGUUGGCUUUUUGUGUAUGUUUUAGACUUUGGGGUUGUGGGUGCUGCUAUUGCUUUGGAUAUCUCUUGGUGGGUUUCCUUUUUCGUGCUACUAGGAUAUGUGACAUGUGGUUGGUGUCCACUCAGUUGGACUGGUUUCUCUAUGGAGGCCUUUUCUGGCCUUUGGGAAUUUGUCAAACUAUCUACUGCUUCUGGGGUCAUGCUUUGCUUGGAAUUUUGGUACUACAGAAUCUUGAUAUUGAUGACUGGACACUUACAGAACGCGACUCUUUCUGUGGAUGCCUUAUCAAUUUGCAUGACUAUGAAUGCUUGGGAGCUCAUGAUUCAUUUAGCCUUCUUCGCUGGAACUGGAGUAAGAGUAUCGAAUGAGCUGGGUGCUGGAAAUGGUCAGGCAGCAAAAUUUGCAGCAAAAGUAUCUGUGGCAGAAUCCAGCUUGAUUGCCCUAUUCUUCUGCAUACUUAUUAUUGCAUUCCGUGAUAGUUUUGGAUACAUAUUCACAACAAGCAGUGAAGUCAUCCAACGAGUUAAUCAAAUGUCUUACAUCCUGGGUAUCACAAUUCUACUUAACGGUGUUCAACCCGUCUUGUCAGGAGUAGCUGUUGGCUCAGGAUGGCAGGCAUGGGUGGCAUACAUAAAUCUUUUCUGCUACUACAUUAUUGGGCUCCCUCUAGGAUUUGUAAUGGGAUGGGUCGCUGACUUGGGUGUUACGGGCAUAUGGGGUGGGAUGAUCCUUGGCGGAACUGCUGUCCAAACAGUGAUUUUGGGCAUCGUGACAUCGCGACGUGAUUGGGAAAAAGAGGCUCAGAAGGCCAGCCAGCGUGUAAAUAAGUGGUCAACUCCUAAUCCAGAUGAUCAGACAGAGGAGCAACAAUAUACAUGAAAUGCUACCUGCAGUUUAUUAGGCUACUCUAGUUUCUUGAAUAUACAUGAAAAAAAAAAAAAGGAAACAGAAUGAUUUGAGCAUAAAUAUUUCGAGCUACUUUAAACCAACUUUCUUUGAUGUAGCAUUUUGGUUUUUAGGCCAUCCCUGUGAAUUCAAAAGCUUAACCACAGAGUAGUUCUUAAACGUUUUCCCAACAAAUAGGUAAAGAGAACUCGUUGUAAAUAUAUGGAUACCUGCAUGUGGGUGAAAUAGUAGUAUGGAGAAAUAAUAGUGUGGUGAAAUAACGACCUUUGUGUUUCUAUACAACCUUUUAAUUGGAGUGAAGCCGUAUAUAUUUA